AAAAAAAUAAAAAGAAGAUUGGCAAUGGUUUUUAAAUAUAUUUAAAUCUUUAUUAGUCAAGAACAGGACCAAAGAAUCAAGUGCUAUUUGAUGGAGAGAAGAGGAACUCAAUCAGAACUUAUAAUGGUAUGAAUUUUGAUUUAGAUAAUAGAUAAUGCUAAUAACAGACAAGGUUUUAAAAUAGGAUGGGAUAUUGAUUAAACUAGAAAGGAAGACUUAAAAAUUGCAGGCAAAGUUGGCUAAGACUCGAGAAAUAAUGUUGGUGGAUAUUAAGGAAAUGCUUAUUAAGUUGAAGUAUUCAAUAACAAUAUCAGUAAAAAUAAGAUGACGAUUAUCUGAAGU